UUGAACCUUGAACCUUGGGGUGUGAGAGUGUAAUGGUUCAUUUAAUGGAUAAAAUCCUCCUCAGCCUAUGAGCAGACUAUCUUCUGCAGGUCUAGUAUCUUGAUAUUACUAGGACCCUCUUUAGGAAUAUUUUGUUUAUGUUGUUUUAGUUAUAAUUUACUGAGUUUAAUUAAUAUGAUGUCUGCAGAAGGAAAAAUGCUUUCUGGCGCUUUGCUGAUGCUGUCAUAUUUCACAAUAACUCACCUUGGAUUAUUUUUAUUGACAUAACUGAUUUUUUUAAGGUUUUGCCAGAAAGAAAAUGUACAUGGCUUGUUUCUAUUUUCUCCACUUCCUCUUUGCAAAUGUGUAUUUGUUUGAGGUUCUGCUGCCCCUCUAUGGCGGGAAACACAACCUGCACCGUUCCCUUGGUUUUCCGUAACCAUGACAACUACCAGAAACAGUGUUGUUCGUACUUCGUUAACAGUACGAACAGGUCUACUCAAGCUCCAGGUAGACAAGUCAUUUAUUUCUUUAUGGCUUAAUAUCUUUUUCAACGUAAUGGACAUAUCAGUGAUUCUUCCCGUUGAAGCGGAAGGCUUUAUCCAGAGUCUGGAAACUUUCUCCCUCAAGGAAGUGGGCUCAGAGAGAUGGUUCAAGCAGCAUGAUUAUAUUGAGAAACUUAACAUGCAGGCAAUACUGAAUGCCUCUGCCAUGCACGAUGAGUUUGUCAAGGACCUUCUGGUUUCAUUUGGAAAGAUACACAUCCUGGUCCAUGAGAUGAUCCUUAUCGAGGUGUGGAAGCAAAAAGUGUUUCCCAUCUUAUGCCAGCUGGAGGAUUUCAAUCCAGAGAAGACUUUUCAUCUUUACAUGGUGAUCCACCAUGAAGCCACCAUCAUAAAUCUACUUGAAACCAUAAUGUUUCACAAGGAUUCAUGUGAUGCAGCAGAUGACUCUCUUCUUGACUUGGUGGAUUACUGCCAUCGAAAACUCACCCUGCUGGCGAGUGAAGCGAUAAGGGAUGUUGCUGUGACCUAUGACCGACACAAACAGAUAUCCUCUCUAGAGGAGCUGCAGGUGCAGAGUGAAGCUUUGGAGUUUGAAAUCUCCCUGAAAGCCGUGUCAGUGGUGCGCUACAUUACAGACCACGCAGACAGCAUCAGCAUUAUCAAUCGAAUGCUGUGCACCCAUAACCUUCCUUGUGUGCUGGUUCAGCUGAUGGACCACUGCCCCUGGAGUCGCUGCAGAGAAGGUAACGUGCAAAAGCACAUUGAUGGCAAGUGGCAGACGAUACCUGUAGAGGAUCAUUUAAAAAUGACCAAACUCGACGGUCAGGUCUGGCUUUCCCUUUACAAUCUGCUGCUAAAAGAAGAAUGCCAGAGAAAAUACGACUUCAACAGUUUCAACAAGAGCCAGCUUCUGAAGCUCAGAGGUUUCUUGACGGACGUCUUGAUUGAUCAGUUGCCAAAUCUGGUGGAUCUGCAGCGUUUCCUGGCUCAUCUUACUGUUUCAGAUCCAGCCCCUCCAAAAAAAGAACUGAUUUUGGAGCAGAUCCCAGAAAUGUGGAACCACAUUAUCAGUGAGAAUUCUGGAAAGUGGAAGGCAAUAGCAAAGUAUCAAGUCAAAGAAACAUUCAACCCAUCUGAAAGUGACUUGAGACAACAGGCCCAGAGGCUGGCCCAGACGUACAACUUGGAUGUGAUGGAGAGUUUACUUCCUGAGAAACCAAAAUGUGGAUCCUGUGGGAGAGAGGCCAAAAAGAGAUGCUCUCGCUGCCGAGGAGAGUGGUACUGUCACAGAGAGUGUCAAGUGAAGCACUGGCCAAAACACAAGAAAGCCUGCCAGCUCAUGACCGAGACCACCGAGAAGAUCGUCAGCUGAGGGAGACCAAACGGCUCUUUCUGUGGCUGAUGACAGAAAGAGAACAGUGUGUUUCCUUAGUAGGCCAACACAUUUAUACACAGACUCUUUUUUCUUUUAUCAUUAAAACUGUUGAUGCACCAUUCAAGAAUUUAGGAUGUUGUAAUCAAACUGCAAUAAAGUUUUAAACCUGUA